UACUAUGGUAACCUUUGGUCAAGAGUUCGUCGCAAUUUAAAAUCAAUAAAAUUUCCAUUCCUAUUGUCUAUGAAAUGCCAAGUAUCUAAAAUUUAGAAGUUCGCUGUAAAAUUUUACAUCCAAAACACCCGAUGAACAAUUUUCUGUUUUAUUGUUGUGAUUGACGAGGCGAUGGAAGAGCACGGCAAGGACUAUGUAAAGCUGAAGGUGUGCAGGUCCGAGCUGUCCAAGCACACAUCCUCGAUGACCAUCCCGGUGUACCAGGUGGCUGAGCUGCUGCGGUGUGGCCAGUGUCAGGAAGCUCCCAUCAAACCGCCCGUGUACACGUGUCGGCACGGCCACCUCACGUGUACGGAGUGUCGCGAGAGGCGCAAGGACUGCCACAAGUGCAAGGAGCCGCUGCUAGGCCGCAACCACGUGCUGGAAGAUGUGGUCCGCUCACUGCCCAUCCAGACGUGUUCAGCCCUGACAGACUGCAGCAUACCCCUCCGCCGGUCCAAGAGCGAGCAGAGUCUCCAGGUGAUCCUAGACGAUCCUCAACAUUUAGACAAACUGGAGAGAGCGCGGCUCCAGACCGUCAAGGAGCCCGAGGAUCCCCGAGUCAUCAGCACCACGAGUCUCUCAUCUCUGUGCUACUACAGGGCGUCACACAGGCCAGUCCUAUGUCCUUUUCCAUGCGGGCGUUACGUCACUUGUUCAGGUCUGUUCCCGCAUUUCGAAUUUUACCACUCCAAGGUGAUGGUUCAGAACGUCCAUAAAGAAAGACGAUACGUUUUUGACCUUAAAUACGAUGAUGUUAUAUUCACGGAGAGCAGGUGUCAAGUUUUCUUUGUCGUGCACCUCAAUGACAAUGUCGAUGAGUCAAGUUGCAGCAGCUGGACCGUGCGAGACCUGAUGAAGCUCACCAAGUCCCCUGGAGACAUGCUCCGGCACGGCAUGUUCAUCUCCACGCUGACCGUGGGUCGUCUAUCCAACUCUAUGGAUAAUGGCGAUGACGGCUCCACUCUGCACGAACAGUUCAUGACUAUCUGGAGCACCUGCCUGUACCAUUACUCGCCCGUCACCUACACCCUGGAGGUGGCCAGCUUCAUCACCCCCCACUCUGUCUCUUUCACAGGCCCGCUGACUUCGCUGCACUACUCUCAGCGGCCUGCUGACGUCUACGCCAGGGGCGAGUGCCUGCUGCUGACCCCCGGACUGCUGAGGGAGAUGUGCUUCAGCCCUGUCAACAACCUCAAGGUUUCGAUCACAUUCCAUGCGCUUCCAUUCGACGACAAAAGGCUUUAUGAUUGUUAGUCUCGCCUGGUCUACUUGUUUUUAAAUCUAUUAUUUAUUUAUGGAAAUGGUUAUUAAAAUGUUAAAUUUCACUAAAA